GCAGUCAGCUGUAGCUCUUGUUAGCGCUUGGCCUUCUGCCUUUCACCUGCAAACGCGCGCUAGCGAAGUACGGAACGUUGUUCGGCGUCCCAUUAUCAUAACAACGCCGGUAACAGGCUCUUAACACUUGCACUUCAAGACAUUUACUUGUACUCCUUGACACUUUGUCGAGCAUUUUGCAUCGCCUCUAACGCCACAACAACUCCAGUCGCGACAACGUUCCCUUGACGCAAGAACCCCAGCCAGAAUUACGCCGAUGUAUUCUCAGUACUAAGCUCUCAACAUUAGCGUCGAUUUAGAGGACAACGACGCUUAGGCGCCCGACGCAACCACCACUCCGACGCUGGUCGCGCGUUAAUAGCGCGUCCUCUCAGUCCGCCAUGCGUCCAGUGGCAAACAUGUGCUCUGAAACAAGCACUUCGGGCCGUGAACACUGCAUAUCAUCAGACCAGCAAGAGGCAGCAUGCUGCUGGAUUUGUCUUCAGGAGUCUGGCGUACAGCGGAGCCCGUGUCGGUGUCCAAAUUUCGUCCACAAAACCUGCUUAGCAAGAUGGCAGGUCGAGCGGCUCGGUCGCAGCGAGGAGCGCUCCUGUCGCUUCUGUGACACGGUGCUGCCGCCCUGGCAAGAAACGCUACUGCCGCAGCGUGUCAAACCCGCGCCCGAGGCCAUGAUCAACGUGUACGGCCCCGACGGCUCGCUGCACCGCCUGCCGCUACAGCCGGGGCUGGCGGGGCGGCGGCGCUUCCUGCGGGCGGUGCGGGCGGCGCUGCGGUUGCCGGACCACGCCACGAUCGAGAUGAGCUUCGAGGUGGCGGUGCCGCUGCCCUCGCACACCGGCUCGGGCCUCAGCCCCAACAGCGCCCUGAUCAACACCCAGGACUUCAGCCUGGCAUCACACAUCGCCACCGUCAACGCCGGCAUCCGGAGGGGGCGCCAGGGCGCGCAGGGCAAGGCGCCGGCGGCCGCCGCGCCGCAGGAGGCCGCGCCAGCGGCCGAGGAGGAGGCGGAGGCGGCCGCGCUAGCAGCAGCAGCUGAGGAGACAGCGGCAGCGGAGGCGGCGGCGGGCGUGACGGGAGGGCAGGGGCAGGGGCAUGCGGGGGUGUCAGCCGCGGGGCCGGCUGGCGCGACGUUAACGGCGCCGGCGCGGCCGCCGAUGCUACGGACGCAGGCGGACACGGAGGGGAGCCCGCGGUUGUCGAAGAGGCACCGGCGGUGAAGUUGUGGAGCUUGGUGUUUUGGAGUCUUUUGAGCAGUUGGAUGCGGUCGGGCCGUGGCUGUGACAGGCGUUUACGUUGGUGGUACCUCAUUUGGUUGGUUGCAGUACUGGACAUCUGCGUUGACCGCGUUUGAGCGCGCGCUUUGCGUGCGUUGACGUGAACUUGGACAGUGCGCCUGAGCGGUGCAGAGGUGCAUGUGCGACGUGACGUGACUUUGACGUGAGGGUGAGGUUUCGUUCGUGCCAGUAACGCAAGGUUGACCCCCAGCAAGGGGUCUCCAGCAAUGCGGGACGCUAUACAUAAGACUGACCUCUUGGACUGAUCCAGAUUUCUUAAUGAUGUUGGGGACCCGUUUCUGGUGCUUGUGCAUACACUUUAGGAGCUUCGGGGACGCCGGCUGUUGUAAUGUAAUGCAUCGGAUGCAUGCAAGCCGGCGUGUGGCGUUUUUUUGGGUUGCACUGUGCAUGUGUGCAUUAAGGGGGGGGGUAGCAAUCGUUUGCUUGCAGCAGCUUGUGUGUGUGUGUGUGGGGGGGGCGCACAUGUUUCUCCCGCGGACCGGAUGUGGUUGCUGGGCGUGCGAGGCAGACCAUGGCGGUUGGCCAUACACACGUUUUGUUGUGUGUUGGAUUCGGGCAUUGUCAGGUGUCAGGCUCAGGGGUAAUGCUGCUGGAUGCUGCGGCAGGUCUGGCGAACACGGUUUGUAGCGAUUUGGCGCAUGGAUCGUGGAAGAGCGUAAUCACGGCCGCCACCUCAUAUGGAAGCCUGCAUUACGAAGUGACGCAGUUACUCCGUGCGGGCAUUGUGGCAGGUGAUUGUGGGGAACAGAUCCAUGGCGGCAAGUUAAAAUGUUAAAUACCUUGACGGCGUCUGCUGUGCGGAAUCCGCGCAGCCCGAAGUAAGGUGCAUCCAAUUGCUGUCUGCCCCGGAUACCCCUGGUCGUAUUGUGCUGCGUGCCGUCAGGCCACCCAACCAUGCAUUUCCACCGUGCAAAGUCCGAUGCGGCUGCGGCGCCAACCAGCAUCCUCUUCCUUCUCCUUUGUAAAGCACUCAUUAACAGCAGUGGGCGCUGCAUUCCAUGAAAAAUGCACCGUAGUUACCGAAACACAUACGUGCAAAAACACACUGCAAGGCAAAACCGCACAGUAAAACCGCUAUGUAUCGCCGGUACGCCUCGAGCGCUGGAAUUGCCCUGUCUCGACUUAUUCGUUCAUUAGCAUUCAUGGUUCCGAGUUUGCGCGACCAGUUUCAUAGUAUGGCGCGUGCGCGGCGCGCAUGCGGCGGAUGGGUCUCGCCGCGGUUGUGCCAGGUUAGUUCCAUCCAUGUUCCGGAAGCGUAACUAACUCAUACAUCGGCCCCCCGGGUGGGCCAUACGCGUGGGCCAUACGCCCGGCCCCCGGCUUCACAGUCCACACACGCUGCUUAACCGCAAAUGCGGCAAGGCA